CUCCAGCUGGGGCGUGGGGGUGGGGGGAGCCCAUGCAGCCCCCUCUCUCCGGCCCGCCCGAGGGUCGCCUGCCUGCCUGCCUGCCUGCCGCUUUAAGGCUGCUCUCCGCGGGGCCGAGCGAGCGGAGGAAGUGACGGGCCGAAGCGGGGCGAGGGGAAGGGGGUUGGGGGCGUCCCGGGAAGGGGGCCGGGGGGAGCCCCCGCAGCUGCCAGCCGAAGGAGGCGGGUCUCCUCCGCAGCCCGGGCGGGUCCCCAGAGCGGCACGCCCUCCCGCCCAGCCCCGGCGGCGGCGGCGGCGGCGGCAGCAGCAGCCAGCAACUUCGGGAAAAGUUUUGUUCUCGGCCGGAGCAGCGUCCGAGUCCCGUCUCUGGCCGUCGAGCCGGCCGGGGAUGAGCUCUCGGGCCGGCGGGGACGGCCGGCUGCCCGCCCCGCUCCUCUGCUGGCUGCUGCUGCUGCUGCUGUCGGGGCCGAGCGGGGCGGCGGGGGCGCCGUCGGAGCUGCGGGUGCGAGUGCGGCUCCCCGACGGGCGGGUGACGGAGGAGAGCCUGCAGGGGGACAGCGGCGCCGACAGCGUCAGCCUGGAGCUCCGCAAAAGCGACGGGACCCUCGUCACCCUGGCCGCCGACUUCAAGCAGGAGGUGAAGAUAUUCCGAGCCCUGAUCCUCGGGGAACUGGAAAGGGGGCAGAGCCAAUUCCAAGCUCUCUGCUUCGUCACCAGGCUGCAUCGCAACGAAAUCAUUCCCAGCGAGUCCAUGGCCAAACUCAGACAGAAAAACCCACAGACGGUGCGGCAAGCAGAAGAGAUCCGUCCCCUCGAACACCUCCGUAUGGACGUAGCUGUCAACUUCAGCAAAGGGGCCCAGCUUAGCUCUCACAUAUACAACAUCUGUUCGGAGGCCAAGGAGACCAUCUACAGUCGAGAAGAAGAUGUGAAGUUCUGGAUGGAGAAAGGGGUGGACGGCUCCAUGUUUGAGGUCCUGCCUCAGUCUGCCGACCUGCCUGGCCUGCAGCACUGCCGGCUCUGCGCAGACCGCUGGAAACCUUGUAUCUGCAGCUACGCCUUGAACAUUGAGUGGUAUCCCUGCAUGCUGAAGUAUUGCAAGAGCCGGGAUGCGGCUGGAAAGGCGACCUCUUACAAGUGUGGCAUCCGCAGCUGCCAGAAGGCCUACAGCUUUGAUUACUACGUGCCCCAGAAGCAGCUGUGCCUGUGGGAUGAAGAGACUUAGCAGGACAGCUGAGCAGGAUUUCUCUUCGACCUUCUUUCCUGGAGCUCUGGAUUAGGACUACCAAGGUGGCCACUUGGGACUGAAAAGAGGAAGAAGGGGCAGGGCAUGGAAGGAGGGAGGGAGAACCCCCAUGAGAUGCCUCCUAAGCAUGUUUUGGAGUGAGCCUCUCCCUCUUCGCCUGUGGAAGGUGGCACCUUCGGAUUUCCAGGCGGUCAGAAGAAAGAUGAGGAACAUCAGAAUGAAGACUGUUCUCCAUCUUGACUUGACCAAUGAAGCGUCUUGACCGCGAUGAGAUUUCUGCCUGCUAUUUUUUUUUUUCCUGAAUGAAGACAAAGACAAAUGGAUGUCCUUCCUGGACAACCUCCUAGACAGGAUUAGACCCCAGGUAGGUAGCAGAACGGAUAAAGAAUCUUCUGGACCAGUGUUUCUCAACCUUGGCAACUUGAAGAUGUCCGGACUUCAAGUCCCAGAAUUCUGGGAUUUGAAGUCCAGACAUCUUCAAGUUGCCAACGUUGAGAAACACUGUUCUGGACAAAGCUCGUGAAGUUCCAGAAUGUUCUACCAUUGCUACCUGGAGCCACCAGAAGGAGGGAAGUUAAAGCCAUGAUGACGUCGGAAUCUGGAAGGACAUCCCACUGAUAUCCUACGUCAUUUUAUGCAAGAAGAAGAGAUUAUUUGAGAAGGCUGUAGGACGGCUGAUCUUCUACAACCGACUGUCAGUUACGCCCCAUGACCAAUAUCCAAGGGAUAAAGCCAUCCCUGGACAGCUUUGACGAUGGCCGUUUGCCAAAAUGCCUCUGAUAUAUAGAUCUCUGGCCUCUUAAGGGUGCCAAUCCCCCCUCCCCUUUUUCCCCUUAUCGCUCUGCCUUAGUAAAAGAUUGCACCCACCUCCCUUCCAAGGACUGAAGAUUGCAGACAAUCAGAUCC